CUGCUUGGCCAAAGUCUUGCCUUGCUCCCAGCCAGUGUGACUGGGACUCCAGGCUGUGGUACUUGGUUGGCACCCACGUCUUUCUGCACUGUGACCACCAGGCAGCAAGAGCUGUUUUCUAAGAGGCCACGCAGCAAUUCUGGAUUUGUCUUGAGGGCCGUUAGUGCUUUUUCUGUGCAGCCAGAGGAUGGGCGCGAGGGGGGGCAUGGCUGGUCGGGAGAAAACGGGGCAGAUGAAACCGAAGGCGUCACCACAGGAGAAGGGCCGGACAAAUCUCCUUCAGCACAUGCUCAGCAGGCGGGCCCCCACUGCCAAGGAGGAUACAAAAUUGCUUCUGCACAGGCUGGUAUUUCUGGCUAAGAUCUCCCCGGAGCUGGCCGACAAACAGGAUUUAGCAGGGUACUGGCACCGUCUCUUCCUGAGUCUGCAGCGCUACUACCAGGGCGAGGGGGUCACGGGCCUCCUGCUGCUCUACCCCACCUAUGUGGUGCACACCCUGGAGGCCUCCAGCGAGGUGCUUUACUCCAUCCUGAGGGACCUGCGAGACAUGCAGCCCCAGCAGCACAGGGCCCUCAUUCUGGAGCCCAAGAUCCUGGUGCUGUCCCACAACAUUCCCUCCCGGCUAUUCCAGCACUGGAGCUACAAGGUGCUGGCUGUGCCCAGCAGGCACCUGGGCUACGACACCUCACGCGAGGAACCAGUUGAGACCAUCACUGGCGAGUGCCUGGCGAUGCUUCUGAAACUGGGGAUGUACCUGCUGAAAUACCCCAAGAGCCCCCCAAACCUCCCUGAUGUCGUUCUGGAGGAGGUCCCCAACUUAAUUAUUCCCCAGGACACCAUCUGCCACCUCCUGGAGUGCCGGGAUCUCCUGAGCCCUGCACAGUUCCUGCAGGCCUACGAUUCCCCCUUGAACGUCGUCAUGGACUCAGGGCACGUGUUUGGAAGUGACAACCCGUAUGCUGUGUAAGUUUCUUAGCAACCCAAAGAGUGCGUGUGGCCAGUGCCUGGGAAGGUGAAGCUGGACGCUGUGAGCUCUUGAAUGAAAAGGACUUGGGGCCCAUGGAUACGUGGGGCAUGGCUGAGAUUGGAGGGGUGCAGGCAGCAGCCUAGGCACUGCUCCGGCCCACAGCUGGUCAUGCAGUGCUCAGGGUGUGGCUGAUCUCGGCCCAUGAUCGUGGGGAACAUCCAAGAGCCGCAUGGGAAAGCGGCCAGAGAAGCCUGCGUCUCACCAGUGGAAUGAUGGGCUCAGAUGGACAAAAGGGAUUAACUGUAAUUAUAUGGGGAUUAACUAGC